AUGACCUCUUCAUCCUUUAGUCGAAGUCCUUACCACUGUCAAACAGACGAGUUGCCUUUUCUUAUACUACAACCAUCAGCUUCUCCUCCUCCUGCUAAAACAAACUUUCUUCCGAUCAAACGUACUUGCAAUGAUCUUUUCUUCCUCAUUCCAUUCCUUGGUGUUGUAGUAAUCACUAUCAUAUUUGCUGCCAAGUAUGGCCACGAGUUCAUUGAUGCAACACACGUGACAGGACUGCACGAAAAAUCAGGUGUCAAGUUUGUACUGAAGAUUGUUGGCUUAGCUGCACUUGCAGCUGCUAGCAUGUCCGUCAUCUGGAUCGUCUUUAUGGUGGUGCUAGCCGAGGUGCUCAUCUGGAUUGUCCUCAUUACUAUCAUUGGGCUCAACAUUGCGGUCGGUGUCUUACUCACUAGGGAAGCGCACGAUAGUAAUUCGGACUUUUACUGGUGGCCUGCAGUCGUCUUUGGACUCUUUGCGAUACUCAUGACCUUGUACGUGUGCUGUAUUCGUAAGAGGAUCAAGUUUGCUGCAGCGCAUCUUGAGGUGGCAGGAAAGGCCAUCUUCCGCUUGCCAAUGACGUUGCUGGUGGCACUCGUGAUGGUCGGUGUACAAAUUAGUUGGAGUGUCUUGUGGGUGCUGGGGAGUCUUGGCGUGAUGUUUCACCAGGACUACAUCCAACUUGAAAACACGUGCACGGCCGACGAUUGCCAUCUCAAUUACAAGACCGGCGCGAUCAUCGGCGUGCUGUGCGGCAUGCUGCUCAUCUACUUCUGGGUCACGUUCGUCUUGCGCAACAUUAUCGGCGUCACGACGGCUGGGACGGUCGCUGCAUGGAAGAACGCGGUCAACACGCCGUUCAUCACCAUGGGGGCGUGGCUACGUGCAUUGACACUAAACCUUGGCAGCAUUUGUUUUGGCUCACUCAUUGUGGCUAUUCUAGAGACAGUCGUGUGGAUCCUGCGCAUUUUGGCGUGGCUAGCUGGACGCAGCGGCAAUUGUUGCCUAAAGUUUCUACUCUCGUGUCUUUCGUGCAUCAUUUCGUCCAUCGAGAGCUGGGUUGAGUUUUUCAACCGCUUUGCGUACUCGUACGUGGGUACUUAUGGCUACAGUUUCGUGAAAGCAAGCCGUCAUGUGUUCAAGCUAUUUGCAGCCAAGGGAUGGAGCGCCAUCGUCAAUGACGACCUCACGGGCAACGUCUUCUGGCUAGGCAACAUCAUCAUUGGCGCCGUGACCGCCUACAUUGGUGUACUGAUUGUGGACGACACGGACUCGGCACCACUGGCAAUGUUCUCACAUUCUCACGUGCUCGUGGCCUUCUUUUGCUUCGUUGUAGGUUAUGGUAUCAACAAUCUCUUCAUGUCGGUCUUGGCUAGUGCUGUAACCACUAUCUUUGUACUCUGGGCUGAAGACCCGCACGGAUGGCAGCUCACUCGUCCUCAACACUACGAAACGCUGCACAAGGCGUGGCUUAAGAUUCACCCGGACGAAUAUAACAAUGGAUAUGGAACUCAUGUAGAUCAUGGCAAGAAUAACAGUCGUGUCUAG